UUACUCCUUACACCGGUUAACCCUUCUCGAUUGGGGUGUUAGUCGACUUUUAUGAGUUGCACUUGAAGAUUAAAAGAACCCUAUGUAAAAAAAAGACUAACCGUCCCAGAUGACGCAAUGACAUUAUUGAGUUAUUUUGGAUGGCUAACCCUCCCCCGGGUUUAAUUCAGAAUAAAAUCUUAUUUAACACACAUGAUCAUGAAUCAAGCAUCAAUUAGUCCACCAACAGAUACGGUCAAGUGAAACGACACUAGACAAAACUUCUGGACUCAGGAGCCUGGCUAUUUACUAAAAAGUUUAUAUUUUCUUACCCUUUUUACAUUUGGAGUGACCAAGUUCUCGGGAACCAAACGUUUCUGUCAUAAAGCAUAUACAUUUGGUGUCUUCCAGCUGUAUAGCCCUUGUGGCUUAGCGCUUCUUUUUGAUUAUAAUAAUAAUGGUGUCUUCCAUCAUUUAUCGCUAUUGUAUACCUUUAUUAUUAAUGCCAAAUGCAAUAUGUGGAUACUAUCUCAAGACUAGAGAUGCCAUUAUUAGCAAUGAAGAGAUUUGGAUCAAAUACUUAGCAAAAUUAUGCAUAUUUAUAUAACACUAAUAAAAUAAUGAAAUUGCACGUCUCUAAAUGAUAAGAGUUUAUUUAGUAACAUGUAAAUUACCCAGGAUAACCCAAAAAAUCAGAUAAAAUUAUUUCUACUGGGGUCCCUGACUUAUUUCCAUUGAGAUCCUUGACUUGUUUCCAUUGGGGCCCUUGACUUUCAUUGGGGUCCCUGUCUUAUUUCCAUUGGAGCCCUAGACUUAUUUCCACCGGGAUCCUAUGAUAUAUUUCCACUGUGUUCGUUGGUAGAUCUUCAGUGUUAUGGUUGAGACGGUCCUCGGGCUGUGUGAAUCUUUCCUUCCAAACAACAACACAAGCAAGUGGACACGCGCUCGCUAUCUGAAUUUUCAAUCUACGAAAAUAUGGGAAGAAAAUGGAAAAAACAGCACAAAAUGAAGGAGGGAGCCGAGAACAGGGUGCAGCGUCCCAAAAAGGAAAGGCCUCCAACUACUAAUUAUGAAGAACUCAUACGAGAAAAUAAGGAUUUUGAGACGUACUAUAAGGCUCAGAAGAUUGUCCCAGAGGAGGAGUGGGAUGCAUUCAUUGUGUGUAUGAAGGAGAACCUGCCUGCUGCAUUUCGUCUCACUGGGAACAAAAAUAUGGCUCGUUCGUUGCUGCAUGUUAUGAAGAAGACUUUUUUUGAGCCUCUGUCUCAACUUGUUCCACCAGAACUCACCCAAGAAGAGCUUGAUGCUGGGGAGGAACCAGUAAAACCUUUGAAACCUGUUUGUUUGCCAUGGUAUCCAGAUAAUUUGGCUUGGCAGCUAAAUUUAACUCGUCGUAACAUCCGUCGAUGUGAGGCAUACUGGCAGCUUCAUCAGUUCCUCAUCUCUGAGACUGAAACUGGAAACAUAUCUCGCCAGGAAGCAGUCAGUAUGAUUCCUCCACUUGUUCUUGAUGUUCAGCCUCAUCACAAGAUUUUGGAUAUGUGUGCUGCACCUGGAAGCAAAACUGCUCAACUUAUUGAGUUCCUUCACAGUUCUGAGGAUGAGUUAUCGGCUGCCAUACCUCAAGGAAUUGUAGUCGCUAAUGAUGCAGACAAUCGUCGCUGUUAUAUGCUGACACACCAGGCCAAACGCCUACAAAGCCCUGCUAUAAUUAUCACCAAUCAUGAUGCUGCCUUUAUGCCUAACAUUCAUCAUACACGUAAAGAUGGAAGUGUUGGACCCAUUAAAUUUGAUCGGAUUCUUUGCGAUGUUCCGUGUUCAGGAGAUGGUACCAUGCGAAAAAACUUCGAUGUUUGGACCAAGUGGAAUCCUGUGAAUGGUGCAAAUCUUCAUGGCUUGCAGCUAAGAAUAGCACGUCGAGGGCUGGAGAUGCUGACAGUUGGAGGACGACUUGUAUACUCGACUUGUUCUCUCAACCCUUUGGAAAAUGAGGCUAUCAUUCAAAGGCUACUUGUUGAGGCAGAUGGUUCUGUUCAGCUGGUCAAUGUGUCAGAUCAGUUACCUGGACUUAAGUUCGUGCCGGGUCUGGAAGAUUGGAUAUUAAUGAAUCGGGAAAUGGAGAUGAUCAAGUCUGUUGAAGAAAUACCUGUCAAAAACACGAAUCUCUUUAACAAACAUCUUUUCCCACCAUCUCCUGAAAUUAGAGAGAAACUUAAACUCGGUAGAUGUGUAAGAAUCUUGCCUCAUCACCAAGACACAGGAGGUUUCUUUGUAGCAGUGCUUGAGAAAGUGAAACCUCUCCCUGGUGAAAAGGUUUACACGGAGAAAGAUCAAGAAGUAGAGAAGAUCCAGUCUGCAACAAACACACAAAGAAUUAAACAACCACCAAAAAAGAAGCGCCGUCAAGGUUUCAGAGAAGAGCCCUACUAUUAUUUCGAGGCAGACGAGGUUGUAUGGCCAGGAAUAGAUGCUUUUUAUGGAAUUCGUAAAGAGGUGGAUGCAGGUCUUUUCUUAAGUCGCACCAAGCAAGGAAAAAAACGAAAUAUCUACUUCACCAAUAGUCUUAUCAAGGACAUUGUUGCCGUCAAUCAGGAUCAUAUUAAGAUUAUCAAUACGGGUGUCAAAGUUUUAGUGAGAAGUGAUAAUAAAGGUGCUCCUUGUGACUUCAGAUUAGCUCAGGAUGGUUCCCAAGUGUUGUUGCCUCUUAUCACCCAGCGCAAAAUCACUGUGACAAGAAAUGACUUGGUAAUCAUGCUACAAAAUGACGAUAUGGAAAUGCCACCAGAAAUUGUUACGUUGGACCCAAAGACACAAGAACAAUGCACAGAUCUCUGUACAGGUGCAAUUGCUUUCCUAUACAAAGGAGAUGAUGUGACCAUUGAACUGGUUGGUUGGAAGGGUAACAAAUCAGUUCGUGCGUAUGUGGCAAAAAAUGAUCGAAUUCAUUAUCUCAGAUUGCUGGGUGCUGAUACUUCCAAAUAUGAAAAAAAUAAAUUUGCUGAGCAAAGGGACUUAGAAGCCAAGAAUUCCAGUGAACCAGAUUUAUCAGUUGUAGAUGAAAGUGUUAAAAGCAAUAAUGAAAAUGAAGAAAGUAUGGAAGACAGUUCAGGUGUAUAACAAAUCUAACAGUACUUCAAUGAUACAUACCAUAUACAUUGAUCUUAAUGGAUCUGGCAGGGCAAGUUGGAAAGAAAUGACUCGAUUCAAAUAAGUCAGAUAUAUACUAUUUACACAAAUUGAUUGUAUAUACCUGUGUGUGACACAGUAAUAGGUAAACAUGGAGUGUUGUGAUAAAGCAAUUUGUCAUGAGUAGGCUAUAUUAUAUAUAGUAUGAAUGUAGCACAUGGCCUAUAAAAAGUUAACUCUGAAGCACGUUUUACAUAGGAUUCUCUAUUGCAUUUUUAUACACGGAAAUUAUGUACAAAAUACUGUUUAAUUUGUUUUAUAUAGCUACUGUUUGUGAUGCUUCUCAAUAUAUUUGAUAUGAAGUGCAUUAUAUUCAAAAUUUGUAUAAAUGUUGGCACAUGGCUUAUAGAUGUAAAGGUUACUGUGUGAAAAUGUGGAUGAGGUCAUUUUAACCCUUAAACUGUCCAAACGUAAAUCUACGUUUUUUUACGUACUUUCAAAUAUUGAAAAAAAGUAGAUCUUUUUUUUACAUUUGAAAACGUGUAAAAAAAACUUUGAUCUACUUUUUUUUUUUUUUUGUUAUAUUUGAAAAUAUGUAAAACAACGUAGAUCUACUUUUGGAGCACUACACAUAUGAACAUAAAUUUGUUUGGACAGUUUAAGGGUUAAACCUCACAAAGACAAGAUACAAAUAGUUUGUAAUUAAUGUCAAACGUUUGUCAAUAAAUUCACCUUUUGUUGAAAUGUUUUCUAUUUUUUUAGGCUUUCACAUUUUUUAUUAAUGUGCUUAUUAUUGUUGUAAAGAACACUGCUUCAUCUAUUCUGCACAAGAUAGAAUAAAUGGCCAUGAAGGCAAUAAUUUUAUUUUUUCUCCUAUGUGCUAUAGUACAGGUCUCCCUCAACAUUCACAGGCUUCACACAUUUGCGAAUUCCCAACCGCCAAAUUCCCAGCCACCAAAUCAUAUUUAAGUAUCCCGCCACCUGCGAGUCCCUACUACCCUCCCUCCGACCCCCGCAACUGGCAGCCAGCCCUCCCACCACUCGGUGUGGCGAGUGUUUUGUUUGUUCAUUAUUUGCUAUUAAACUACAGUAUAAAUAAUGUAAACCCAUUCAUGACUGCAUAUUGGAAUGGCUAUUCGGACAGGUAUUAGACGGUGACAUCAUGUGUUUACUCUUGAACACUGCAAAGAAUUAAACAUUUCUGCUACAGCUAAUAAUAACAAUAGUAAUAAUAAAAAUAAUAAAUAUGAUACAAUUGAAGAAGGAAAUUGUACAAAAAUACGAGGGAGUGGUUGACACAUUGUCAGUGUGACUGUUUAUGCUGGAGUGAACAUUAGUCUCCCUGCUCUUCCAAACAUUUCACAAUAAUUCAUUGUGUUUGGUGCUUGUAGAUUGAGUGUGACUGGAGUGGUAGAGGCAGUGAUUGAGGCAAUGGUAUUUAAUAACAUACAUGUUAAUAAUAAUACAUGUUAUUAAUAAUAUGUACUAUUAUUAUUUAUAACAUAUAUGUUAUUAAAUACCACUGCCUCAACCGCUGAAUUAUUGUGAAAUGUUUGGAAGAGCAGGGAGACUAAUGUUCACUCCAGCAUAAACAGUCACACUGACAAUGUGUCAACCACUCCCUCGUAUUUUUGUACAAUUUCCUUCUUCAAUUAUAUCGUAUUUAUUAUUAUUAUUAUUACUAUUGUUAUUAUUAGCAAUAGCAGAAAUGUUCGAUUCUUUGCUGUGUUCAAGAGUAAACACAUGAUGUCACCGUCUAAUACCUUUCCUAAUAGCCAUUUCAAUAUGUAGUCAUUAAUGGGUUUACAUUAUUUUUUCUGUAGUUUAAUAGCAAAUAAUGAGCAAACAAAACUCACCACACGAGUGGUGGGAGGGCUGGCUGCCAGUUGCGGGGGUCGGAGGGAGGGUAGUAGGGACUCGCAUUGGUGGAGGCAGUGGUGGAGUCUGUGGUAUUUAAUAACAUACAUGUUAUUAACAUGCAUGUUAUUAAAUAACAUACAUUAUUAAAGCAUAACAUGUAUAUAUUUAGUACAAUUUACAACUUUUCAUGUAUUUUAUGAUUAUUCAUGGUUCAACAAGUUAAGGAAGCAGUAUUGUAAUAUAUUUCCCUACAAUAUAUUGGGGCACCAAACAUUCACGGUUUUUCAACAUUCGCGAGGCUCUUGAUCCCCUAAUCCUCGCGAAUGUUGAGGGAGACCUGUAUGUGGGUAUUGGAGUGACUAAGCGACUCUGUACAUUCAUCUGAGGACUGGAUAGGUUCACUUACACAUGGCAUUCUGAUAGCUUUUAAAAGUUAAAUCUUUCUGUACUGCAGUAAACAUCUUUUUUCAUGUGCUUUGCCUAUAGAUAAUUUGUGUGAGUACUAGGCUAAUUAGCAUCUGAUUAUUUGAUUAUAACUGUUUUGUUGAGUGAGAGAUCAUUUAUCGCUUUACUAUGUAUUAAAUUAGCAUUUUUUAAUUUUGCCGGAAAACCAAGGCUUUUACCAAUUUUUUUAUGCAUCUUCGUGGCAGUGCUCUUAAUGGUUGCUCAUUUCUUUUGGAUUAAAAUUUUAAUAAUUAUUCUUUGGUUGCCGUAAUAAACCAAUAUGAUAAU